CCCGAGGCUUAAUGCACAGAUUGCGUCCAAUCAUUAUGCAAUCAGGAAUUUAUCAUCAAAAAUUAAUAAACAUGAUAUCAAUACAAUUAAAAGUGGUACAACUCAGUAGUUUUAAUUUCAAAUAGUUAGUGUAAGUGCUUGGAAAAACAAAAACGAUGAACAACAAAUAUAUGUUGAAACUCACAUUUUUAGUGAUUUUAUUCGUGGUUGUAAUGCUUUUUGUUAAUCAAAAUAACACGAGCCAUUAUAAAAAACAUGUUCUCCGUCAAUACGAGGAUGAUACCAGCAUUGGAGGUGGUCGUCCAAUUAAAACUGAACUUGAAGACACGGAACUUCAAUUGCUCAAAUUGUUACUCAAAGCACGAGAAAGGAAAUCUGGUGUAAAGCACAAUCUUCAUAAACCUCAAUUUCAAGACACAAAGCAACAUCUUUUGAAAUCGUUACUUCAAAAUGAGAAAAUCAAAGAAAAGGAAAUAAACAAUGAUCCUUACAAAGACAAAACUUUAGACGUUUCGGAUCAAGGUGCAGUAAAUAUGGAUAUUCUUCCGAGCAAGCAUAAAGUACGGGUGGGCCUGAGUGGUCAAACUCCAGUACCUACAAUUUCCCCAACUACAGGGCCACCAAAAUCAUUGAAUGAUUUACCAAUCAAGGAAGCACUAAAAUGUAAACAUUUCACAAAUCCAAUGCCAGAAAGAGUACAAAGGAAAUAUGAUUCAGAAACUCCAGUUGAAUUUUUUGAUUUGAAGUUUAAUAACACAUAUAUUGAUAACUUCGACUAUUACCAUACAGCAGAUGGGCUAUGUAAGCUGGAGAAGGGCGAUGAUAAGAAAUUGAUGAUUGUCGUGGUAUUAAGUGACACGUCAGAAGGAUCGGCGUCCUUCAGGUAUGCGAUUCGAGAAACAUGGGGAGGUGUCCGGAGACUGUUUGGCUGGUCGCUACGUUUUGCCUUCAUCAUGGGAGAAAAUAAAGAUCUUCAGAGGAUGUCCAAAAUUGCAACUGAAAGUGAAGUGUAUGGUGACAUCGUCCAAGGCAGGUUUGAUGAUACUUAUUUGAACAUAACUGAUAAGACAAUUGCAUCAUUCCGAUGGACACAAGAGCACUGCUCAAAUGCAAUCUACAUGAUGAGAAUCACGCAAGACACAGUGCUGAACCCACAGAAACUGAUAGGUUGGGCAAAUGAAUUCUAUAACCACAACUCUACUGAUAUGAGAUUGUAUUUCGGUGCUCCACUUAGAGGGAGUCCAAUAAUAUAUGAUCAAAAUCAUAAAAAUAGAAUUAUAUCCCAAGUCAAAUGGCCGAAAGAUUAUUACCCGGCAUAUCAUUCCGGUUGCGGGUUUCUCUCAUCGCUGACGUUUGUCCGAGAUGUGAACGCGAUGUUCUGCAGAACUCCCAUAACGGCACCAGACGAUGGCUACGUAGGCGCUAUUGCUGAAGCUCUUGGUGUUACCAUAUAUGAGCAUCCGCUAUUUCCUGCACAUUUCGCAUACCUUAACAAGGAAACUCGAGGAACUAUAAAUCCAGAGUCUACAUUUGUACAUUUUGUAGCAUCGUUUCGACCGGAGGACAUUUAUGAUGUUAUGGUGGAUGUUUACCAGACCAUUAGUGGGUAUACCGGUCCACCUUCUAAUACUAGUAGUAUGACACAGAAACACGAGGUUGUCUUGUAGCAUAUUAAAAAAUUAUUAAAUCACAAAUUCACUAGGGACAGAGGCAAUGAGCGACAUAGAGAUAUUUCAUACACCCGGGCAUACAUCACACGCAUCAAUCUUAAACCUGUGUGAAGGAAUUUAGAUAAAGCUUGUUUGAGAAAUACAAUCCAUGAAAUUUUCUAUUUCUGAUUUCUGAAGUUUCACUAUAUAUCUUGCUACAACAGAUUCAGUUCAGCAACCGUACAGUCAUUAUACUAUAAUAAUAAAUACUGUGAAAUCAAUUAAAUUGUGUAUCAACUCUCAAUGUACAUCUGUGUAUCAAAUCGUAAUGAUCUAGAUACAAAUUGUACACGCAGAUGGUAUCAGACUGUUCAGUUUUCUGAUUACUUCAGUAUUAUAUCAAUAGAAUUCCUCAAUCGAAUAUACGUAUUAAUCAAAAUCUUUCAUCAACUGUUUCAAAUUAAACAUAAAUCAAUAUUAAUUUACUUUGGGGUCAGCUCAAACCAUUGAACAAUUUCAGAAGUUUACAAUUUUGAACAAAAUCCCCGCCACCGACAAGGACAUUUGGGACAGCCAUCUUGGUUUGAUGCUAAAUUGAUUUAGUAUUUCGACUCAUAUAUACACGUGCCAGUACUAUGUGUAUAAUGUAAAGUCAA